AUGGGAGUUGCCAUAAUCGGAGGCGGCCUGUUCCCCGCGGUUCUCAAAUGCGACCUCUUUCAUCUCGCUGCCAUCUACUCAAGGUCUCUCAAGUCAGCAGAGGAAACCGCCAGCCUUAUUCCCGACUCCGUUCCUAAGCCGAAUCUCUACUCUGAAGACUCAGGCGCCGGCAAGUCGUACCAAGACCUCCUUGCACGAGACGACAUCACCGCCGUCAUCAUUGCCCUCCCCAUUCUCAGUCAACCUUCUUUCAUUGAAGCGGCUCUUUCUGCUGGCAAACACGUCCUCUCCGAGAAGCCCAUCGCCAAGGAUGUUGCUACAGCACGAAAUCUCAUCGCCACCGCUCAGCGCAUUGGCUCAGAGACCAAAGCCACUUUUGCAGUCGCCGAGAACAUCCGGUUCUACCCCAGCUUCGCCUAUGCCGCCAGCGAGGCCGCAAAGUUUGGCAGAGUAAACAACUUCACCGUCCGCGUCCUGUGGCGCAUCGAGCCCGACAACAAAUGGUACAACACCGCUUGGCGCAAGACGCCCGACUAUCAAGGAGGCUUUCUGCUCGACGGCGGCGUCCACUGGGCUGCGGCCACGAGGCUGCUAUUAACGGGCGACGAGAACACGCCGGACGCAGUGCAGGCAUUUACCGCACUGACGUGCGAACACUUGCCGCCCAUUGACACUGUCAACGCCAUCAUCAAGACCAAGUCCGGGACGGCGGGCGUGUUUCAGAACUCGGCUGGGUCUCUGCUCCAGGCAUUCGAGUGGAACUUCUCGUACGAGAAAGGCGCCAUUAAGGUGGCUGGCGAGACAGUCACGGUGCAACCGGCUGGGGGGGAGGAACAGGUCAAGCAGUUUGAUAGGACGAAUGGCGUGAGCGAGGAGGUGGCCGCCUGGGCGCAGAGCCUCGUCGACGGCAAGAUCAACCCACUGCAGACGCCCGAGCAGGCCCUCGCCGACCUCGAGUUUAUGGAGAAGAUGUUCAGAAGUGGCGACGAGAAUGGAUCAGCGCAGAAGUACGAGCUUCUAUAG